GUUUUAAGCAGUUUCACAAAUACUUCCUCGUGCGUCGCAAUACAAAUUACAAAUACACAUACGAAAUACAAUAAAAAUGGUUGCGUACUACGACGACUGCGACGCUACCGAGCAUCCAAAGACCCUGACGGACUGGGUGCGUAAUUUCCGCAUGAAGCGUCAGAAAAUGCGUCGCAAGCUGCGUGGUGCGGGCAGCGACCUGCGCGUUAACGCCAUUUUGUCGACGGCCCUGUUCCAUGCGGAGCACGAGCUGCGGAGAAAGCAGCAGGAGCGCUUCAGCCGAUGGCUGGAAAUGCAGACCAAAUUCGUUCCCCAUGGCAAGACGCACUGUGCCAACGAUGCCAUGGCCGACGCCAAAGCCAAAGCCGUGGAGGCGGAGGAGCGUCGCGAAAUAGAAAACAGUCUAUGGAGGAGCGAGCUGAGUGGCCUCGACAAUUUCAUGCGCAGUCUUAGUGGCAGCAGCGCCACGGCUGGCAACGGGAAUAGCAGCAGCAGCGCCAGCAGCAACAACAACAACAUCAGCCUCGCUAGCAACAGUUACACGGGCAACAACAACCUCAGCUGCGCGGCCAUUGCUGUGAACAGUUAAAAAGAGACGACUAUAGUGUCUGUUUUGUGUGUGUAUACUAGGGUCCUCGAUUUCGUGAAAUUUCGAGACCAUUUCGCGACCCCUAAAGUCAAAAUGGAUUAGUUUUGGUUUUGAAAUAGUAAAUAUUUAAUACCGAAGUCUAACCAUUCUAUAAUUAAAAUAUGCUAUAAUGGCGGAGGACCGUCCUAGUGUCUACGUGCGAGCGAGAGCAUACAUGUAUGCAUGUGCGUCUGUGUGCGUGCCCCAAAAUGGAGAACAAUACCUAAAAAAGAAAACGGAAGAAGAUGAAAGAAAAAAACAAUUUCCCUUAUGUCGCCUUAGAUUAGUAAUUUGUUUGUUGUUAAAUUAGUUUUAUUACGACAACCAUUUCUCAUUUGCAGUCGCAAACAUGUUAUAGAUUGUAAUGAAAAAGAGAGAAAGAUUGGAUUGGAGAUUGGAGAGUGUGAGAAG